CUCAGCUCAAGCCCAGCGCCGUAUCCAAUCAAUCAAUCAACGCAUGGGGCAUGGCCCUAGACGCAAACCACUUAAGCCUCUCGCCACCCCCCAUGCCACCCCACCCGGCCACCCCUACUCCGACGCCUCGUCGCAGGCAGCAGGUGAAAUUUUCAGGCAUUAAAGUGCGCCCCGGGGAUCCUCCUCGACCCGCAAACAAAACCCUCCUCGUCAUCCGCGCCCCUAUCCCUAUGUGUCUCUCGCCCAAAUCCUUUGUUUACCCUCCCCCCUCUCACAUCACGCUCAAAAGCGUCUGACCUCUCGUGCUUUGGCGCCAACGCGUUAGUUUCUGUGCGCGCGCGUGGGAGAGGGGAGCGGGAGGGAGGGAGAGAGCGAGUGGUUCGGCGGCCGAUGGGGAGGGCGCCGUGCUGCGACGGCCGGAAGGGGCUCAAGAAGGGGCCGUGGACGCCGGAGGAGGACAAGAUCCUCGUCGACUACAUCCAGGCCAACGGCCACGGCAGCUGGCGCCUGCUCCCCAAGCUCGCAGGGCUGAACCGGUGCGGCAAGAGCUGCCGGCUGCGGUGGACGAACUACCUCCGACCGGACAUCAAGCGCGGGCCCUUCACCCCCGAAGAGCAGAAGUCCAUCGUCCAGCUCCACGCCAUCGUCGGCAACAAGUGGUCCAUGAUCGCGGCGCAGCUGCCCGGACGGACGGACAACGAGAUAAAGAACUACUGGAACACGCACCUCAAGAAGCAGCUGCGCCGGAUGGGCCUCGACGAGCCCCCGCUCGGCCCGGCCGCCGGUUGCCCCACCGCGCGACACAUGGCGCAGUGGGAGACCGCCCGCCUCGAGGCCGAGGCGCGCCUCUCCCUCCUUUCCUCCUCCGGCGGCGCCGCCACCGCCACCACCACCUCGGCCUCCUCGUCCUCGACCGUCGCCGCCGCGGCCGAGCAGGCGUCCAAGCCCGCGGACAUCUUCCUGCGCCUGUGGAGCUCGGACAUCGGGGACUCCUUCCGCAAGGUGGCCGCGGCGGCAACCGGAUCGUCGCUGCCGGCGCCCGGAAAGAACAAGAGGAAGGACGCGGUGAUGAUCAAGCAGGAGCAGCAGGCGCUGCCCGGGGACGACUCCUCGGCGGCGUCCAACGAGAUGGAGGUGGCGGAGGCGCUGGAGGAGUUCCAGAUAUUCCUGGACUUCGCCGGCGAGGAGCUGGGGCUGUUCCACGGCCGCCACGGCGGCUUCUCGCUGUUCCCGCCGCUCGACGUGCUCGCCGAGGCGUCCCUGGACACGGCGUUCAAGUGAGACGGGCUAGCUAGCUAGCUACCGCACCACGUACGUAUAGCUAGGCGGCA